AUGAAUGAGACAGCUGAGCUUCAUAAGAUCCCUGGGCCAUACAAAAUCCCAACAGAGAUACUAGACCUCAUAUGCAAUAGCCUCAUAACUCCAGAUGACGUUUGCCUUGCACUGACCAACAAAGGUCUUUACGCUCAUUUCAAGUCCCUACUCAAGACCAAAAACCUGACUUUCAAGGAACUUCUACCACGAGGCAAUUGCUUGUCGCUGGGCAAUCGAUUCUGGCUGCGCAAAUUCCAUGAGGAAAGUUACUUCAGGGAUAGGCUACUUUAUCGCCUGCAAGAUUCACGUUGGAGAUACUGCGCUGAUUGUUCUAUGCUCCACCCACCUUCGGCUUGGAUCUGUCCAGCACAGAAGGACUCUGCCAAUUGGGUGCAAGGGAAACAAUGUGCGCCAUAUGCAGGCUUUAUUGAUGGUUGCGUUUAUUCGUACACCAAUUUGACCACCCGAGAGCGUCUAAUCGAUGUCCUUUGCAAGUCAGCAGAGACCGGGAGAACCCACGAAGAUCUCUGA